AUGGGUCGUAUCGUAAAACUCCCACAGUCGGAGAGUGGAGCCAUACGUGAAGCACAUAUCAAAUUACCUAACGGACGAAUCAUCAGAAGACCAGUUAAUUUACUCAUACCGUUAGAACUAGGACACGCAGAACCAAAUGAAACUCCUAACGCUGCCAAUGUUUCCAAAUCAACACAAAGUCUCGAUGUAAAAAACGAAACUGACCGAGAAGGAAGCUCAGAACAACGUUAUCACUUACGACCGCGAUCACGUACUGGUAUCGUUCACUCACUUCAAUCAUCAGCGUCUAAUGAUCAACAGCACCUUAAUCAAGACAAUGUUGACCAUGAAUUGCAUUUACCCUCAUACGAUCUCCAGCAAUUUCUGUCCUAUGAUAAUGAUAUCCUAAUAGCAAUACUAGAGGUAUAUCCACCAAACAUUACCUAA